AUGCGCGAUUUGCACGUGGUGAAAUCGGAAGAAGACGUUCUGCCUCCGCUGGCAAGGUGGUCGUUGCUACCGCCAAAUCCGGAGGCUGUCUGGUACUUGCACCUCGAUGACAGAGCUGGUGGUCGACACUAUCUCAAGGUUCUGGAGUGUGAAAGCCCUGAGAUCACUGGCUAUUCAGCAUGCCUACUUGACGAAGACCUGCUUUACCUGCAUAGUCAUCGUGAGGGCGAGGACUUUUCAUUCUAUAGUGAAGGUCGGGGAGACCGACUACACGCAGUAUGGCUGUAUUUUCCAGUUGAGAAGAACGAGCGGAUCGUCGAAGUCUGGCGCCUGAGGAGAAGACCGGCAUUCUGGCGCGAUAUCCUUCUGCUAAGAACGAACAAGAGUCGCGUUUUCUUUCUAGGAGCCAACGCCAACAUGACCCAACCAGAUGCCAUCUUCGAACGUGUGGCCUUAUUGACCGCCAAACCUUCUCGUCUCUGGUUCAGUUCUCAGGGAGACGGUGUUGACUGUCUUGCAUUCGACUGUGAGGACAAACGCCAUGACAAGAAUGAAGCUCCCCCAUCUUUCCAUGACCCAUCUACAUGGUCCUCAAGGAUGAGUGUCCAGCAGAUCUUCAAUAAAUCGGUUAAACUUGGAGGUGUGACUGGACUCGUCCCCUGCAGAACUUGGAUCCCAGGAUCUACUGGGAUUGUCGGUCUCAUCUUCACCUACUCCGAUGGCUCGAGGGAGUCAGUAGGACAAAUCCGUCUCGAUCACCUCCUUCCACCCAUCGAGGUUGAUCCGGCCGGAGAGAUGUGGAUAGGAGCCAGACUGCUUCAGCCCAGCGGCGCGGUCGUUGAGUCAAUGAGAGUAAUUCCGUCCACUGGCCAAACCUUCCAUGGUGGGAACCCCUCCCAGGAAGGAUUGACUUGGUUGAGGAUACUUUGGAGGGGUCGCUUAGACUGGAACUUUCUGUAUAGAAAAUGCUUCAUCAAUGUCAGCGAUCAGGCCAAUGUAAAUCAGCACAUGAGCAUUGAUAUGUUGCUGGAGAGCUGGGCCGGGAGAGAGUGGGAGAAAGAGGAGGUGUCAGGGCAGCAACUUGUUGUGCGUGCCCAUUGA